AGGGGUUAGUACGACGCAGUCUGCCAUAUUGUUUUCCUGAGGAUAAUUGUGCGGUAUACAUAUACAAAAUGGGUCGUAAAAAGAAGAAGCAGACUAAACCUUGGUGUUGGUACUGCAAUCGUGAAUUUGAUGACGAAAAGAUUUUAAUACAACAUCAGAAAGCCAAGCACUUCAAAUGUCAUAUAUGUCACAAGAAACUAUAUACAGGUCCAGGUUUAUCCAUCCAUUGUAUGCAGGUUCAUAAGGAAACAAUCGACAAAGUACCAAAUGCCCUCCCAAAUCGAAACAACAUAGAAAUAGAGAUAUAUGGAAUGGAAGGUAUACCUGAGGAAGAUCUUAAGGAACAUGAAAGACAACGUGCAGGGAGAAUGGGUCCUGGAGGCCGGCGGCAAGAUGAAGAAGAUGACGAUGACUCCCAAUCUAGUCUCCCUGGCCAGUCAAAUCCACCACCCCCUGCUGUGCCUUCUCAGGGACCACCAGGACCCAUGGGUCCCAUGAUGGGUCCAAAUGGACCAAUGAUGCCAAUGAUGGGACACAUGGGGCCAAUGGGUCACAUGCCUCCUUAUAUGGGUGGACCGGGUAUGAUGGGUGGCCCAAUGGGGCCUUUAGGUCCCAUGCCUCCACCUGGUGGACCUCCUGCCAACAACCCACCCAGCACAUCUCAGCCACCUAAUAAACCACUGUUCCCAUCUGCUGCACAGCAUACCACAACCACCAGCAGUCAAAUUGGUCCAGUCAAACCAGCAUUUCCUGCAUAUAGUCAAGCAAAUGGUCAAUCCACUCCCAGCAGUCAGUCUUCAGCUGUUAGUGGUGGACUUCAAGACAAAGUGGAGUCUAAGAAACCUGCACUUAUCACUACAGUGUCAGUUAACUCCCGUAUCAUACAUCCAGAGGAGGACAUAUCUCUGGAAGAGAAGCGGGCAGGUAUGCUUCGAUACCAGCAGGCUCCUCGAGCCUCCCCGCAAAGGGCCCGGGCUCCUGCCCCGGCUCCACCCCCCCAGCGCGUGGAGUCUCCACCCGUGAGUACUGCACCUUCACGCCUCUCUCAACUUGUGCCUGCCUGCCUGGACCAUUUCUACUCACCGGCGAUGUGUUUAGACACACAGGAGGAGCGUCGAAUGAAGAUGGCGCGUUACAACAGCCAAGUUAAUGCUGCUGCUGCAGCAAUGGCUAUGGGUGGGAUGAUUACCCAUCAUGCAGGGGUGCGGUCCGGUCACCCUGGUGUGGUGGUUGAGGCCCCCCCUAUGGUGUCUUCCAUAGGCCCCACCAUGGUAACCACCAUGUCUCCAGCUAUGGUGCACGCAGGGCAUAUGGCUAUACCAGUAUCCCUACCAGCCAUUAUGCGGCCAAACAUGCAGCCAAUAAUGACGCCUCAGCCCAUGGUGUCAGCUGCUGUACCAGCUGUUCCUACAAUGCCAACAGGCAUGCCACCCCUCCCAUUAGGAGGUAUGAGACCACCCAUAGGUCUACAACAAGGCCCAAACCAUCUCAACCUGCCUCUACACAGACCUUUGCCAAUACAGCUCUGCCUGGUCAUGGGCAGAUGGCCCCUGGGUUAGGUGCUCCACCAAUGAUGGGGGGCCCCAUGAUGGGAGGGCCUCACAUGAUCCCACGCUUCAGGUGACCACCUGGUCCCGGUAUGUAGCCAGCAGGUAGGAAGCAACGGGAUGGGCAGCAGCAGGUCGGCGCUGGUGAGGCAACAUACGCAUGCCUUCGUCAUGACUGAUAGUCAGCCUCCUCACCGACCCUCCCUCGCUCGCUCGCUAAGCACACUAGCGCAGUCAGUCAGUCACUAAGUUGGCCUGUGGGGCAAACCAACACACACCUGGGACUAUCCAAGAUGAUUCUGCUGUCUACAUUACCUGCAUUAGGCAAGAAUUCUCAAACACCACUCAUGCAGAGACAUAAGACACGUCCAAUUUUCGGCAAAGUUGAGACAGGAACAGUUCAAUUGAACGAGAGAGUAGGAUUCAAUUUGUAUGUCAUGAGUGAUGUUUUUGUGUGAAGUCAUAGGUUUUUAUUUUAAUAAUCAAAAAUUACAAAUAUGUUGACAAAACUAAACAAUGAAAUUGUAGUGGGUCCCUAAAACUUGUUGGUUUUCCAUCACAGCUCGGUUAGUCCUGUGUGGACGAGCUAACAUUGCAUCACUUUGCAGCAAGCAUCUGUUAUCAUCUGUUAUUGACUUCUUUGUCUCUUAUCAUUGCUCUGAUCAGUGUUGAAAUGUUUAUCCACAAGACUGUUGUUUGUGUGCCGCCCACGUGGAACUUAAGUUUGAGCAAGUGGUGCUUGUAUACUUGCUUCUUGGGACCUACACUUGAUUGUAUGUAUAAUUACUCUGAUCCAGCUCAAGUGUGCGAGAGGUGUAUCCCCCAGGUGUUGCAUCUGUGUUUCUCUGUUGGCUUAAUCAUAUUCCAGGCCAUUGUGAUCAUUUAUGAUUAAUUUGCUGGAGAUAUAAGGCAAUUGGAUUAAGUGCAGAUGUGGCUUGUGGAGUAAGGUCCUGGUGCUAACUUGGGCUGAGAUGGGGGAAGCAGGCUCGACUGUUCUAUUCUUGGAGCGUUCAAGCACUUGUAUUAUAGUGUUUUAGGUUUCAUCAUUCUUUUUGAGUGAUAAUUGUGUAUUUGUGAAUUUUCUCUUUAAGGUAAGAAACUGUUUAGUUGAUAAGGUAAGAAGCUGUUUAGUUUAGAAAUGGUAGUUCUUCACAAAGCACUGUUGGAAUUUUAUCCUACCUAUACAGAUGUUAACCACAGGUUAGUCCAUUUAUAAAUUUUUUUUGCAAGUUGUACAAAUGAAUUUGUAAAUUGUUGAAAGGGAGAUCCCAUUAGCAGCCGUAAGUACUUUUUUGUAUUUAUUAUUGUCACAUUAUUGCUAUGAGGAUUUAGUGACUUAACUAUCAGCUUUGUUAAAAAUGAUGAUCACCUGUUUACUGUAUGUUGUGAAAUAAAUACUAAUUAAGUUGUCAUUCUUGUAUUAGUUGGUUUCAAGCUUUAUAUUUUGUUAUAAUGCAUACAAAAUAAGAUUAUUUUUUUUUAUUUGGAUGAAAGUAAUGGAUUUUUUGUAUUACUACUUGAAAGGGUGGAAGGAGUGGAGCAUACGAACAUUGUGGAAAUUCGCAACAGGUGAGCCCGAACGAGAGGACGCGAGGCUGGGGGAGAUGAGAAUUUGUAUUUUUGGUUUCUCCAUGGAGUAAUGUAACGGUUGUACUAAUGUAAUUGUUUUGGUAGAGCAGGUCUCUUGUCUCAGGAUUUCCUUGUUAUUUUAAUUAAUAUAUCUAACAAUUUUGUGGCAUAAGCUUUAAAGAUUUAUAUAUUGGAGUACAAAUUUAAUUCUGGCCAUUUUUCUCAACAAUUUGUAGCCAGGAUAUUCUGAGGGAGUUGCUUUGUAAAACCAAAACCUUUGCUGUAGUAUUGCUGUUAAGUCGUCACUCUUCAGUGUGCAUGGAAUUUUGUUACUUAUCGUAAUUCAGAAUAACACAGGAACUGAAUGGAUUCUUAACCCUCACUGGGUUUGUGCAUGUAAGCGGUCAUAUAUUUUAAGGGUUUAGGAAAAACGUGUGGAGCUCCUAAAGUAUGUUCAUGGUUGGCCACAAUUUUUUUUUACAAGGCCAGAGCGUGGUGAGGCUAACCAGCCAACUCUUGUUGGUACUCUUUUUCUUUGUUGAAAGGAAUCACUAGUAAUUUGUGUGUAGGUUAAAUGCAGUUAUUGGGGAUUAUCCAAUUUUAUUCCUAGAUUGUUUUAAUGGUUUUAGUUUUGUUAGUGCUUAAGAUUUUUUUAGUCACAAUUCAUUAUCCUUUUUGUGUUCAUAAUUUCAAUUCAAACACAGCCUUCAUUAUGAGUAAAGUACCUGUAAGGUUUAUUCCAAAAAUAAAUGCAUUUCACAUUAGGUUCACAUGUCUUUAUUUUACAAAUACUACUGUAAUUAUAACUAAAGACUUAAAGAUUUUUUUAUUAUUAUUAUUGUGUGGAUCAUGCAGUAGCCUCACUUUUUCACAUUAGAUCUACUGUGCUGCUGCAGAUCCAAUCACAGUACUGCACUCUAUAACCAUCUGUUUGUUUUUUCUCAGUACUGAUUAAGUGAAAAUAAGAAUGCAUUAGACAUAUUGGUGUUUUCUUCAGUUAGGUUGGUUAGCUAUGCCAUGCUCCCUCUUGAUUAACUAACCAGUUGAGACAUUCCAACGCACACGCCAGUGGUGAGACCAAUUUCAGUUUUCCCAGCUUGCAGCCUCUCAGGAGCCCUGUUAUGUCUCCGCAUGGCGCAGCCCGCUCUUGAUUAGCUUGUUGGUGAUGGUGAAUCUGGGAAGUGAGGCCACAUUCUCAGUUUUGGGGCCGACGAGUGACUCUCACCAACCGCACUCACUAUUGCUAUGCUGAUGCCUUUAUUUGCCCUUAGGGAGUGUGUCUCUCCGAAUGUAAGUAUCUUGUGAUCGAGUGAAUGAGUUCUUUGUGUAUGUGCAUUGUGUUAAAUUGCUGAAUUUGUAUCUUCUUGAUAUAUCAUGUAAUCCACUUACAGAUUGGCCCAUGGCUAUUCCAUAUGUUAGGAAGCUAAUUUGUGUAUAUGUUUUGUAAUAUAAUUUUUGAAUUUUAAUAUAGUUUGUAUCUGUCAGGGAAGGGUGGUAAAUAUUAGUGCAGUGAGUGUGGUUUGAUGAGAAUGACUCAGGCUGGCCAUUUGCUCAGUAGCCCUAGAAGUCCCCAAUAUGAAUGUGUUCAGUCUUCCAGCAGCCGCCAGGUAGGCUGAAUUCACAGCACCAGGGGCUGUUGGGAGUCAGUCCCCCAACCGGACGUGGUUUGGUGAUUCAUUCACAGCCUGUCACGGUGCUGUUGGACCUCUCAGUCCCCAGCCCCCUGAAUUUUGGGGGGCUUGGUGAAUUCUCUCUCACACUACUACUCUGUGUCGUACUGUGUUAGGCAUCACUGAUGACCUAGGUUGGGCCCAACCUCACACCCAGCAUAUUGUCUGCUAUUCAGCUUUUGUUGAGCAGGCAAGUGGGGGGCAUGAGGUGUGGGAUGCUACUCAACCCAGAAACCCCAGGAGUGUAGCUGCGGUGUUGAGAGGAUAAUCACCUGUCCUCCCCGGGCCACUCUUGUGACCACACCCUCCAGAACUGGUGCAAGAAAGGUACAUAUUUUGUUUGUUAAUGGUGGUUGGGGAAUGGCCAAUCUUCAACAUUUCUUCACUUGCUUUAAGAAUGGUUUGAGCAUGAGGGUCUAACUGGCAAACUUUGUAAUGUAGAGUUUAGUAGAUGAGAGCUCUUGCAAUUUUACAUCUAGUUUGUAUGUUAGCACUGCAGUGCUCAAGCUUCUCUGUGAAUUGGUAAGCUACUGUGAGCUAUAGGAAUAUUUCAAUGAGGUUCUGUAAGUAUUAAUGGAGCCUUGUUGUGUAUAGCCUUCUAGCACAGAGUGCUUUCCAUCACGCUUGCACCUAAAUUCCAAAGAUUUUACAAUACACUUUUUUCCUCAGAUCAUUCUACUGCUUUUGUAAUAUAUAUAUAUAUAUAUAUAUAAAACUCAGUAACUGUAAAAUUAUCAUGGACUUGGGAGACAUAAUUACCUUACCUCUGACUACAUCAUGUUACCAAAGCUGAUCGCACCCAUCCUCCUUUUGCUGGAAUAAUCUCUUAUCUCAAGCCAUCUUUUGAUAAUAGUCUUCAAUAACUGAAAAGGUAGCAGGAAAUUUCAUAUAUGGGUUAUGUAGUUGAAUUUUAUGAAAUUGUAACCUCUGGAUAUGAAAUAUAUUUUCAACAAUUUCCUCAAUAAUAACCUCUUUUCUAUUAAGAAAUGUUCUUUUAAGUAAAAAAAAAAAAAAAAAAACUUAUUGAACUAUGUUUCAUCCAUAAUAGAAUGGCGUUAUUGGCAGAACUUUAAAAGCAGCGCAUGUACCCAAGAAAAAUAUAAAAUUUAAUUGAAACAAGACACCCUUGAAGAUUAUGGUAGCCAGUAGAUGCAGUAAUUAUUCCCACACACUUAAAUUAGGGCAGCGGUAAAUAUUGUAUGUAAAAAAUAAAUUAAAAUAAAGAAAAAACCCUAAAAUGGUUUGGAGGUGUUGUGGUAAUUAUGCUAAGCUUAAUUUUACACUGGGUUUACAUCCAUCCUAUAAUAGCAUUGAUUUUUUUUUUAUUAUAUGGUGUUGGAAUUAUGAAGUUUGAAGUUUACAUCAGUAAUUUUACCAUACAUCUGGUGGUACAUAAGUAAACUUGUUAGACACCUUAAACGGCAAAAACAUUUCGACUUGUCCUUUUUAUACUUUGAUUCCAUGACUGAAACUUCAAAGUAAAUUAAGAGAGCCCUCUUCUGUAGUCAGCCAGUCAACCAAGAUUGAAAUUUACUUGAAAUCUAUAAAGCCAACUUUGAAGUCUCAGUCCUUUAAUUGUUUUGUUUUAAGCCUUUUCCUGCUGUAAUGCAAAGUGAGCAGGAUCAAGACCAAACACAUAUUCUUUCUUUAUUACCUCUCAUUCAGUCUAUUUGCUGUGUUAGUAAAGUUACAUUGAAGUUUUCCAUAAACUUCUUAUAAGGAAGAGAUUCUAAAUUUCAGACAUGAGAGAAAAGUCAUAUCAGGAGUUUAUUUUAAAUAAAUUAUAGUACAGUAAAAGACAAAAACGUGUGUAGGAGCCAGACAAUUGGCUGGUGUGCUCCAAUUCUCCUAACCUAUGCAGUAGGUACUUGGAAAAUUUUAUUUCUUCUAUGCAGAUCACAUACAAACUCUGUUUAACUUGAUCAGACUGAAAUGUUUUUGCCAGAGAAUGGAAGUGGUUCUUGUGCAUAUUAGCUGUAUAUAAAGGUGACACUACAGCCAUGAGAGAAAAUUACAAGUUUAACAUUAGGUUUCCUUAAACACUAUCAUGAUCACCAUCUAUUUAAUUUAGAUGAUAUACAGUAUGCUGAUUUUCGUAGAUACAUCUUUUCUUAAUAUUUGUUGACAUCAUUUAUCUAAAAGAAUCAGUCACUAUAAACAGUAUUGUUUAAUUUUAUUGCAAAUUAAUACUCUUUUUACACAUGGCUCAUGGGAUGCAAAAGUCUCAUUGAUGGAAGUUUCAGAGAAGUAUUUUCAAGUAUAAUUUGUUUGUAGCAUUAACAUAUAAUGCCUCGGGAAAUAUUGCAUGUAGCAUUAACAUAUAAUGCCUCGGUAAAUAUUGCACGUAAAUGCUGUGCAUUCGAUAAUGAGAAUAUUUUUUAGUAGAAAUUGCUGUAGACAAAUAAUUUACUCUUGUCAAUCAAUAAUAAGAAAUUAUUUCAUAGAAAUAUAAGACCCUAUUUAAAAUUUUCACCUGGGAAAACUUUGUUAGUGUUCAAAAACUUAUAAAUUUUAUCUUAUCUAUAUUGUACUGUACUUUGAACAAACAAAGCUUGACAAUCAGAAUUAUGCAUUGCAGAUAGAAAGAGAGCUUACCAGUAGUCUUGACACUAAUAUAAAAAAGAAAAGAAAAAAAAAGAUAGUUGUCCCAACUCUGAGUAACUUGAGCAUAGUGCUUAUACCCAUUUAUAACUAAUCCCUUUCUAUGUUGGCAAGAAAGAUAUUAUGGUAGCAUUAUUUGAAAUAAUAUGUAUUGGUUAGUAAGAUAAACCUUCAAGAAUUGCUAUUGGAUUGAAACAAUUCCUUCAAGAUCCUGGAACUGUUUACUCAUUCAUUUUCAUAUAAGUGCUUGCUGCUAUGAACCUUGAAUGAAUUAGUACAAUAAACCAAGAAUUAAUUGAAUUUUUACACUAAAUGUUGAUAAUUCAGGAAAAGUGAAAAUAAUAACUUGGGUAAACAUGCUCAAAUGUUAGUGACUAUUUAUAAAGUAAAUUAUAACAGCAUUGUUUUGGGAAAGUAGCCCAUAUAUGAAGUAACAAAUGAGAUCUCUGUCUCAUCAGUUUUAUUUAUCAUUAAAUAAAAAAAAUGCUUGGGGAGAUUACAAACCACCUUUUCUAAUUCUUUCAUUCAUAUUGUAGCUAAAUAAUUUUUUGAAUACUUCAAAGGUACAACAGCUUUUAAUAACAUUAACAAGCACUUUUUCCUCUUCUAAAUUAAAUAUUGCAUAGUUCAUAAAUGUAAAUUGUGAAUUUGUUUUCAUAAAUUUGUAAAAUAUCAGCCAAUUUCUUUGCGAAAGUAGAUUCAUGAGAUAAUAAUCAUCAGUGUACACACCAGUGUUUAUUACCCUGCCAGAUUGACCUGGAGGUGGAAUCAAGCCCAAGUCAUUGAGAUCAAGUUGAAAGUGUUAACAUUGUCAUGAUAUCCCCAUUUUAAUAAUUGCUUUAAUACUAAAACUUUGGGAUUCAUUUAUAUUAGCUUGCAAGUACUGUACUGUAUAUUAUUCAGUAGGUGUUACAUAUAAUUUUACUUGUUAAAAUCCCAAUGCCUUUAGAUAUAUAGUAUAUGUUUUUUCAGAUACAGCAAUGUUCUGUCUCUCAGUCUUUGUCAAUUCCUCCUCUCCUUUAUAUCAUAGAAUGAAGCUCAGGAAAUCUUCCCCAAAACACUAUUACUUCACAAUUAUUUCUCACUUAUGCAUUAGUUAAGAAAGUAGGUGGUGUUUCCUUGUUUGUGUGUGUUUUACCUUCUGUCUUCUGCACCGUUGGCUGGGGUCCCGGACUGCUCCGGGGCUGUGGUGUUUGUGAGUAUCAUGAUGAUGGCAGAUGGCGCACAGACCAGCACAGAUGAGUUUUAUAUGUUUUUUUGUUUUAUUAUUGUAUGCCCUAUACAGCUGUAUUUACAGCUCAACAGUUUAGAUAUUUUGUGAGGCUGCUGUAUUAGUCCAAUAAAAUUUUCAGUGAA